GGCAGAGGGCAGCAGGCGCCCGGCAGCUGGGAUUUCGCUCCCCUCCGUCCGUCCCUCCCUCCGCCUCUCCUCCCGCCUCUCCCCGGCGCUCAGGGCUGCGGGAGGACGGGGAGCGCACGGACAUGCGUGUUCCUUUUCUUCUGUGGGCCUUCCUCUUUUUUGGAGUGAUCAGUUCCAGUUCAGUCCCAAGAAAGCUUUUUGGGGAGAUCAGAUCCCCUGGUUAUCCCAAACCAUAUCCCAACAAUAACAUCAGCACCUGGAAUAUCCACGUCCCAAAAGGCUAUGUGGUGAAGCUGACUUUCAGAUAUUUUGACCUGGAGCCAUCCGAGUCCUGCUUCUAUGACUAUGUUAAGAUCAAAGCAGACAAGAAGAACCUGGGCCGAUACUGUGGCCAGCUUGGGUUAACCACAGGCAAUCACCCAGGAAGAAAGGAAUUUGUAUCUAAGGGGAACAGGAUGCACCUGGAAUUUCAUUCUGAUUUCUCCAAUGAAGACAAUGGCACAGUGAUUCCCUACAGGGGCUUCCUUGCCUAUUACCAAGCUGUGGAUCUUGAUGAAUGUGACCCUAACAAUGCCUCUGAGGAAGACGGAAAGCCUGGGUGCCAGCACUUCUGCCACAACUAUGUGGGUGGCUACUUCUGUUCUUGCCGGACUGGCUACCAGCUUCAGACGGACCACCAUUCCUGCAAAGUGGAAUGCAGCAGUGAGUUGUUCACGGAGGCAUCCGGGUACCUGAGCAGUCCUGAGUACCCGCAGCCCUAUCCUGAAGACCUGCAAUGUAACUACAGCAUCCGUCUGCAGAAGGGUCUGUCUAUUAUCCUUAAGUUCUUGGAACCCUUUGAGAUUGACGAACACCAGCAAGUCCACUGCCCUUAUGACCAGCUGAAGAUCCAAGUACGAGGGAGAGAAAUUGGUGAAUUCUGUGGCCAGGAGUCACCUGGCAGCAUCGAAACCAACAGCAAUGAGGUGGACAUACUCUUUCUUACCGAUGAGUCUGGGUUCAGCCGUGGCUGGAAGAUCCGUUACACCUCAGAGAAAAUACGAUGCCCGCAGCCUGUCCCACGGGAUCAGUUUACCGUCAUCAGAGACCUGCAGCCUGUGUAUGAAUUUCAGGACUAUUUCAUUGUUAGCUGCAAGACUGGGUAUAACCUGAUGGAGGGCAAUCAAAAGCUGCUGUCCUUCACUGCUGUCUGCCAGGCUGAUGGGACAUGGCAUAAAUCCAUGCCCCGCUGUGAAAUUGUGAACUGUGGCAACCCUACAGACCUGACCAAUGGGGCCUUCAGCUACGUUGACACACCUGCAAACAACAACUACCAGUCAGUGAUCACAUACCGAUGCAAUGAGCCGUAUUAUCACAUUGUCACUGAAACACAUGAUGGUGACAGAUUCACCUGCUCUGCUGAGGGAACCUGGGUGGAUCAAGAUGGCCAGGUGAGGAUUCCUGCCUGCUUACCAGUCUGUGGGAAGCCAGUGAAUCCUGUUACUGAAGUCCAGCGAAUCUUGGGUGGCAGGUCAGCCAGGAGAGGCAAUUUCCCUUGGCAAGCUCUGACAGGCAUCCAUGGACGAGGGGGUGGUGCACUCCUGGGCGAUCGCUGGAUCCUGACCGCUGCCCACAGCAUCUUCCCCAAAGGAGCAGGAGGGAACAAUGCAAGCCUGGAGCAGCUAGCAGAGGAUGCUAAUGUAUUCCUCGGCCACACCAAAGUAGAAGAGCUCUACAAGAUGGGUAACCACCCUGUACGUAGGAUCUUUAUCCAUCCAGAUUACAACCCUAAAGAUGAGCACAACUUCAAUGGGGACAUAGCCCUACUGGAGCUGAAACACCCAGUAACCCUGGGCCCUACAGUACAGCCCAUCUGUCUCCCAGAUACUACCAACACUACGUUCUACAUGGAUGGGCACAUAGGCUACGUGAGUGGCUUUGGCGUGGAGAAGAACUUUAUUUCAAAUGAUUUGAAGUAUGUGAGCCUACCAGCAGUUGCUCGAGAGAAGUGUCAGAGCUGGCUGGACAGUAAGAAGAGAGAUAUACCUAUGGUUUUCUCUGAGAACAUGUUCUGUGCUGGCUUCCUCACAGUCAAACGAGAUACCUGCCAGGGGGAUAGCGGGAGUGUCAUCACAGUGUUAGAUACAGCAAGUGGUCGCUGGGUGGCUACUGGUAUUGUUUCUUGGGGUAUAGGGUGUGCUGAAGGUUAUGGCUUCUACACCAAGAUCCUCAACUACUUGGAUUGGAUCAAAGGGAUAAUAAGGGAAGACAGGCUCUAAAUGUUGCUAUCCUACUAGCUGAAGAAUCACUAAUAGCAUAUCAAUUUCCAGACACAGCAAAUAAUAUCUAAAGCUUUAGAUGAGAUCCCAAAGGCUUUUCAAACACACAGACCGUGUAGCCUUCAUCAUGAGCACUUCUGAAAGCCACCAUAUUGUUUGGUGACUUCUUGGUGGUACCAUCAAAACUUACCAAAGCAGCUUGUGGAACACCUUUGUGAAUGUUCUCGUUCUUCCAAAUCAUAUUACUGGAUGAAGCCUUAAUAAUAUCAGAAAAUCUGAUGACAGCGAAUGUGUUAUUGUUUGAAUGGCUGACGUUAUCAUCAGACUACUGCAGCCUACUUUCGUACUCUGUGAUGUGGGAAGCUUGCAGGGCAGCAGACUUUCUUGCAGAAUGUACUUUGUGCUGAGUACAGUGUACGUAUGCCCAUUGCCAUCAAUGAGAUUCCAUGAAUAUUAAAAUC